AUUUUGUAUAGAGGCAUACUAUAUUAUAUAUAGCUCGUGAAAAACACCUCUUUUCACACAUCGUUAGGUCCAGUGUAUCGUUCGCUAUUUGUCGUGAUAUGCUGAAAUUGUCUGUGACGUGGGCAACUCGAAGUUUGGCUCAUACUUGCGUCGUACCAAAAAGGGUAGUGCAAUCGAACAACUGCGGCCUUUUACGUGCAGAACGAGCGACGCUAUUUCGCGGCACACCUGCCAAUCGCAAAAUGGCUACUAAAAGCAAACCUGUCGAUGAGCAAGCAAACGAAGUACUCGCUUUUUGGUUUGGCGACUAUUCUGGGCCGAAAUUUGAAUUGUGGUUCAAGUCAUCGAAGGAGACUGACGAACUCAUUCGGAGAAGGUUCGGCGGCCUAGUCGAUGAAGCGUUAGACGGCGGCUUGAAAAAUUGGGAGGAAGACAUCAAACUACUGCUGGCGAAAAUGAUUAUUUGUGAUCAAUUCACAAGGAACAUCUAUAGGAGGACAAGUAAAGCCUUCGAUAAUGACCCUGCUGGACUGCGGUGUGCUAAAACAAUUACAGCUCAAUUUCUGGCUGAACUACAUCCGUAUGAAGUGGGUAUGCUCGGACUACCGUAUGAGCACAGCGAAAUUGUGAAAGACCACGAUGCGGGGAAACAGAUGCUGGCGUCUGAGAUUGAGAGACGAAGUGAUAGCAUGAGCUCCACUGAAAACGAUCUUCUCACGCAAUUUCUUAAAUAUAUGGACGACCAUAAGGCAAUAAUCGAAAAAUUUGGGAGGUAUCCGCAUAGAAACGAAGUGCUCGGAAGGACUAAUACACGCGACGAGGCAGAAUACUUGAAAACGGCAGAUACGUAUGGACAAUAAAAGUCAGAUUAGCAUGCAGGUUGAAAAGGAAUUCAAUAUCGCAUUAUCGUGUGGAUUAUAUACUGGUGCUGUUCAUUCGAAUCGGAAAAAAUACGAUUCCCACGGAAUGCAAGAACGGCAUUAUACUCAUCGCUUAUAUGCAAAUCAUCCGUUAGACUCGGAUGCAGCUAUGCGUGGCAAA